AUGUCAGAGAGUGCAUCCAACCUUGAGAGCCUAGAAAGACCAGACAUUGGAUCCAGGCAUGGUGUUGAGAGUACGAGCAGGUCAGGUUUCGCAUCUAUACAUGGUGUUGAAAGCGCGAAUAGAUCAGGUCUCGCUUCCAGACAAGGUUUGGAUGGUGCAGAUUUCUUCUUGGGGUCUAUUGGGCCCGUUCCUGUUAGGAAGCCAGGGAUUUUCCAGCGCUUAUUUGGCUGGGGCGUGGAGCAUAACGACAAUCUUGAAGGGACUCCAUUACAUGCUUCUUCUUCUACUACUAAACAAAGUAAUAAGACUCGCUCUAGCCGGACUAUCAGUAGUAAUAGAACACCCGAUCCCAAUCUUGUGAGUGAGGUUUGUGAGAGACUGAUCCGCGAGCGUAUGAGUCGACUGUCAACAAUCCCUAUUACUAGUGAGGACGAGGGUUCUGGUAUUCACGAAGUAAGAGAAUUGCCACCAUCAUCUAUCCGAGCUCCUGUAACCGGUGGUGCAUCAGGGACGCAGGGUAGUGCAGUGAAACGAAAUCCUCAGGGGAUCCUCAAAUCACCCGGAGAUAGUUAUGGACCAGAUGCCUUAGGAGAAUUACAUCUCGCUGAUCAUGGUGAUAGUAGCACCCGUGAAGAUAAUCAAGCGGAAGAAGCAGAUAGCGAGGGAAGCAGCUUGAAAGGAAAACCCUCUCGGCUGGUAAGAUUUGACGGCAGCGCUGAUAAGGUAGACCCACAAGCUAGAGGGGAUUUUGGGAGGUCUUCUAUUAGAAGAUAUUUAUAUCCUGCAGUUGAAGAUGACAGAUCUUCUUUAGAGGCAGCAUCGGCUUCGGAGAGUAGCACUCCUGAGAUGUCUGACGGUACGGUUAUAAGAAAGGAAAGGAAGGGGGAGAGAAUAGGAGGCAUGUGGGUAAAGGCUUUCAGUGACCCUAUGGUAGCAAGCAGAGAUUCUACAGACCUCGGAGAAAUGGACGUUGAGCUAGAGCAGCAACUAAGUAGAGACGGCGAAUAUGUGGAUUCUAGUAGGGGGACGUCUAUCGGCGACGACAGUACUCUGGACGGGAACUCUAACGAUGAGAUUGUGAUCGUUGACGGUCAGCUGCCUAUGGAAGAGGGGCAUAAGCCUACACUAGAAAGUCCUAUUGAUAUACCCAACGCGAAUACAGGCGCAGGGAGAGCUCUAGUAUUAAAUCCUCUUCCCAGAAAACAAACAAUAGUGGAUAUAGCUACACAAGGGAUCGACAUCGACAAUAACGAAGCUGUUGUCAGUGCCUACGGGGCGAGAGAACAAUUGCAGACGUGGGAUAGUCAAACCAGUAGUGGUGGAAGUUUGCUGAGCACAGGCUAUUUCACGGAAACCAAUAGCAGUGAUCACGAGAGUGUCGAGGAAGUUGAGAAUUUUCCUCUUUAA